UUGCAGGCUGCAGAAAUUUUCCUGUGCGUGGACAGCCUCAGCUUGGAAUUUGUGAGCUGGGGGAAGAAGGAAGUGGGAGGGGUGGGCUGCGGCAGCCCUCCUCCCCGCUCACCUCGCAGUCCUCUCUCCAUCUAAUGAGCUGUAAGGCCAAAAGCCAGAGCUUUGUUGGGAUGGAAAAACCUGGCUGGCACUCAUUCUCGGGAGCUCUGGGGUUGCAGCAGCUUGGUGUUUUGCAAAUAACCAAGAGGAGCCCAAGGUGGAAGGAGUUGAAUGUAUCUCUCUCGUUGUUCAGUAUUUAUCACAAUGGGAGCUGUCCAUUCUGAGUGUGUGUGUGUGUGUGUGUGUGUCUGCAUGUGUGUAUACACGUGUGUGAACAUGCCUGCCUGCAAAGGGUCCUGAGCAUCCGGGUUGCUUUUGCUGCUUCUGACUGCAUGGUGCCGGGUAUCGUUCCAGGUCGAUGCGGAUUCUUAGGGACUAGUUUGGAGGUUGGUCAGCGUACGGUUACCUCCGUAGCGAUGCUGUACCAGCGCCAGCACUUAGAGGCUGCGGGUGUCUCUUAAACUGUAGAAAAGCCCAAACUAGAUGAAGGGACAGUGCUUAGAAAAGGGAGAGGCUCUACCUCGUUUCUUUGUAGUUUAUUGGUUUUGGCACUUCUGGAAUGCCAGCCCCCGCUACGUUCACAGCCGUCUUAAGCCCGAGACUGGUUUUCAUUUUCUAGCUCCAGUACUUAGCAUAUAUCUUGAUUUGUUUUUAAGCAGAAAAUAUAGCCAUUGUGUUUUAUAUAUAAAAUGUUUCACAUCUUGAAAGUUUCUAGGUAUUAUUUCAUAGAACUAGAAAGGACCUCAUUUGCCAGAGAAAGCCUCUCGUGUUGGGCCUUGGACUGAAAGGUCAGUCAUUCCAGUUCUCUUCUCACUGAUGGCCAUCAGGGCCACCUUUGUGGGUACAGUGGGUGAGGGGACCACCUAGCGGGCAACUCAGGAGUUUAGGGAUGCUCCUGCCCCCUUUACUGCUUAAGAGUCCCCCCUUCCCGUGGGAGGAAUUUGAGCAGUACAUUUGGAGGUAGAUUCAUAACCAUUUGUCCUUGAGAAAUGGAGGCCUUUGAUGUCCUAAAAGAAAGGGAAGAGGAGAGAAAAAAAAACAAAAACCUGAUCACCUGUCUUUCUUUCCCUUUUUUUAAUAAUGUCCAGUACUUGGUAAGUUCCUCCUGGUGUCUAACCUAAUGGAAACCUGUCAUCUGUGUAGUUUAGUAGCAGAGGAAAAAGAAAAACUCCAGUCAGGUAUUCUCUGUGCUCAUGUAAUCUUGAGGAUUGCAGAGCUCUCAACAGACAGGGGAAACCCUUGGGCCUCUGUCCCUCUGCCUGCGCUAUCUUCACCAGGCAGGAGAAGUCAUUUAACUUGCAAAGUUAAGCAAAGGCUGUGGGAGGCCCCUGAGCUCAACUUGAAGGGAAAAGGGACAUUUUUGCCUUCUAGUGGAAGAAACCUCAUUUCUCAGUGCACCUCAACACCUCCUCCUGUGCAUAGGAGCUUAAUAUUCUUCCCCUCCUAAUGAAGAUGGAUCAAAGCCAAGCUGUGUAGUCAAGGGGGAGCCAGGCAGGGAAGCUGAGUGAAGGGGGUGAGGGGGCAGAAAGGGAGCUGUUCUCAUGGAGAGGAAGUAAUUAAUUUUAAGAGAGAGCAAAGAUAAGGAAGCCCUUGGUAAUAGAAUGUCAAACUCCAAAUGCAGCUGGCUAAAAAUUAAAUCCGAGCAUAGGGAGUUUCUUUUGUUCGUUCAUUCAUUCACUUAUUCAUUCAACAAAUGUUUAUUGGGACCUACUGUGCAUAGGCAGAGAUCCCGAGCAGGCACUGGGAGAGGGCCCAGCUCGCUGUGACCGCAGCAGGGCUCCAGGAACGGGAUUAGGGACAGGGAGAGGUGGAUUUGCAAAGAGAAGCCAUUUGUCAUCAGGAUAAAGCAUUUGCAGAAGUACCACUAAAUGGCUGAAUAUAUUGACCUUUUGGAUUUAGGAUUAGUUGCUUAAAUAUCAGCCCCAGCUAUACCCGACCAGCUUGUCUCAUCACGGGUUAAAUAAUAAUGUCUUUUCUACUCACUGAUUGCAUUGUUCUCUGACUGGGUUCUGUCUUCAAACCAAACAAUUAGAUUAGCUCCUCCCUUUCCGUGUCUGUUGGCGUCACAAAAUUGCUGUAACAACAGACUAUGAUGUCAACAGAAUGCCUGGUGCUGCUGAAAGGAACCACAUUGGUCAGAAAGGAUUCUGUCAUCUGAAGAUAAAAAUGGAACAAUAUCCAAAGCUAGAGAAACUAAAAUUUGAUAUCAAAAAAGAACAUCUCCAAAAAAAACCAAAAACAUCUCGGCAGUGUAAGAUAAUGGUGGGUCUGGAGCAUCCUUUACUGAAACCCUUCACAAACAGCCAAGGCACUCAUUGAGACUGAUUGCAGAGCAGGCUUGCCUGGUGGCAGGGGCUUGGAAGAGAUGACCAUCAGAAGCCCCUUGCAUGGAGGGCCCUUGCACUUUAAGACAUGGAGGACAUCAGGAAAAGAAGAGAUGUGACCAUCUUCAAUCUCUGGAGAGUUUGGAGUAGCUAACGACGAUGCAAACCUCCUUGCCCCAAGCAGAUCUGACAGUCUCCAGCUGGCAUUUAUCAUAUUGCAUCUGGGCAGAUUUACAAAAAUUAACACAUAAUGACCCCCGCUCUGAGCCCCAUUUGCUACCCUCUUCCUCAUAAGAUUUGGGAAGAAGCUUUUCUGCCAGUUCACCUGAGCAAAGAAAUAAAUCCCCACCACUGGCUCUGGCUCCACGACACCCACACCCACGCGCUUCACUUGCUCAUCUGCUGGGCCACCCCAGGCAGAGGGUGAGUGACCUGGGCGACAGCCUGGGGCGGUGUCUGGAGGGGUCGUGUAGGGGGACGCCGCGGAGAAGCCUCGUUCACUGCGCUCCUGUCUGCACAGAAGAAGGCUGGGCAGGCUGAGGGCAGAGAGAGGAGACCCCGUCAGUCUCCGCUUCCAGCAUCAGCAUGGCACAACAGCCGCACGUGAAUCCAGAGCUUCAUUUAACCCUGUGCCCACGGGCUCAGAAGGGUCUCUCUGAAGCGAGUGGAUUUCACCCGAGGGCCUGUGUUCUGGGCCAGCAGGUGGGGCGGCAGGGAGGGCUGGCGUGGGUUUCUGCCGUGCAGAUGGGGAUGCAGCCCCGGACUCCUCCACCCUCCCAGCGACUCCGUGUCCUUAGCGCCACGAGGUCAGACUGCCUAGGAGUGGUACACCUGCGCCGUGUGCCUGCUCCAUCUCUCCGCGUUCGCUGUUUCUCCUUGGGGACCUGAACUGAGGCGAUCAUCCCCCACUCACUCAUCCUGCCCCCGGCGCUCUGCCCAGCAACAUUCCGAUUGAAUGCUGGGAAGCCACAGGCCCCCCUAGGGCACCCGGGCACCCCUGCCGCCCAGAGAGAGGCCCUCCCCCUCCCCGGUGCUGGAGCCGGAGGAGGGGACCAGCAGUGCCCGCUGCCACCACGCGCUGGAGCCCGGCCGGCACUGCGAGCAGGACCGGAGGACUCACUUCUCAGAGGGAUGCUACGAGCAGGCUGGCUGCCGGGUCCUCUGAGGCUGCCGCACGGGGACCAGAGCUGCCAACAAGAUGCUGAAGUUUCGAGCCGAUCGACGGGUCAGCCAUAAUGAAAGACGGAACACAUUUCUACACCCACUGACUGGCCAGGUUCCAGAGGAAAACAAAAAGUUUGACUUGAAAAUAUCAGCUUUGGACAUGUCCAAUAAAGCAGGUGGGAAACGCUCAACUACCACCAACAGUGACCUAACCAACCACAGCAUGGUGUCUGAGGUCCCUCCAGAGCGGCCCAGUGUCCGGGCCGCCCGGCCAUCCCGAAAAGCCAUCGCUUUCGGCAAGCGCUCCCACUCCAUGAAGCGGAACCCCAGUGCUCCCGUCACCAAGGCAGGCUGGCUCUUCAAGCAGGCCAGCUCUGGAGUCAAGCAAUGGAAUAAGCGCUGGUUCGUCCUGGUGGAUCGCUGCCUCUUCUACUACAAAGACGAGAAGGAGGAGAGCGUCCUGGGCAGCGUGCCCCUCCUGAGCUUCCGGGUGGCCGCGGUGCAGCCCUCGGACAACAUCAGCCGGAAGCACACCUUUAAGGUGACUGUGUGCUGGGUGGACGAGGCUGGGGCCAGUUCCACGCACUGCCUCUCCCCACAGGCUGAGCACGCUGGGGUCCGCACCUACUUCUUCAGCGCCGAGAGCCCCGAGGAGCAGGAGGCCUGGAUCCAGGCCAUGGGGGAGGCUGCCCGAGUACAGAUUCCCCCAGCCCAGAAGUCGGCGCCGCCCCAGGCUUCGCGUCACAACCAUGAGAAGCCAGACUCCGAGAACAUCCCACCCGGCAAACACCAUCAUCAGCUCCCCCACAACAGUGUUCCCAAGCCUGAACCAGAGGCCAAGACUCGCGGUGAGGGUGAUGGCCGAGGCUGCGAGAAGGCGGAGCGGAGGCCUGAGAGGCCCGACGCCAAGAGCGAGCCGCUGGCGAAAGCCAACGGUGUCCACGCCGGACCGGAACCCACCUCAGAGCCAGGCAGCCCUUUCCCCGAGGGCCUGAGGGUCCCGGGAGGUGGGGAGCGGCCCGCUCAGCCCAAUGGCUGGCAGUAUAGCUCCCCUAGCCGGCCAGGGAGCACGGCCUUCCCGCCUCAGGACUCCGAGAGCGGGGGUCACCGGCGGAGCUUCCCGCCACGCACCAACCCUGACAAAAUCGCCCAGCGCAAGAGCUCCAUGAACCAGCUUCAGCAGUGGGUGAACCUGCGUCGAGGGAUACCCCCUCCUGAAGACCUUCGGAGUCCUUCUAGGUUCUACCCUGUGUCCCGUAGGGUCCCUGAGUAUUACAGCCCCUACUCCUCCCAAUUCCCUGAUGAUUACCAGUACUACCCCCCAGGGGUGCGGCCGGACAGCAUCUGCUCAAUGCCGGCCUACGACCGGAUCAGCCCGCCCUGGGCCCUGGAGGACAAGCGGCACUCCUUCCGGAACGGAGGCGGCCCUGCCUUCCAGCUGCGCGAGUGGAAGGAGCCUGCUGGCCUUGGGCGGCCGGAUGGCACCGUCUGGAUCCCCAGCCCCUCCCGGCAGCCCGUCUACUACGACGAGCUGGAUGCCGCCUCGAGCUCCCUGCGCCGCCUGUCCCUGCAGCCCCGCUCCCACUCCGUGCCCCGCUCGCCCGGCCAGGGCUCCUACAGCCGCAGCCGCGUGUACUCCCCCGCCCGCUCGCCCAGGGCCCAUUUUGAGCGGCUGCCGCCUCGCAGUGAGGACAUCUACGCUGACCCUGCCGCCUACGUGAUGAGGCGAUCCAUCAGCUCCCCCAAGUAUGAUUACCUGGGAGACAGGCGGCCAGUCCCUGCAGGACUGUUCCCCUACAACUACCCACCAUCCCCCACGGUCCACGAUAAGAUGAUGAGUGAGAGCGAGGCUCUGAUCAGUGUGGUGAACCGCAUGGUGGAGAGCUCCUCCCCCAGCGCCCAGCUCUUCAUGCAAGUCCCUCCGUACCCAGAAGUGUUCCAGGACAGCCUCCACACCUACAAGCUGAACGAGCAAGACACAGACAAGCUGCUGGGCAAGUUGUGUGAGCAGAACAAGGCGGUGCGGGAGCAGGAGCGGCUGGUGCAGCAGCUGCGAGCUGAGAAGGAGAGUCUGGAAAGUGCCUUGAUGGGGACCCACCAGGAACUGGAGAUGUUUGGAAGCCAGCCCGCCUACCCAGAGAAACUGCUGCACAAAAAGGAGUCGCUGCAGAACCAGCUCGUCAACACCCGGGUGGAGCUGUCUCAGGCAACCACGGCCCUGGCGAACAGCACCAUGGAGUAUGAGAGCCUGGAGGCAGAGGUCUCUGCCCUGCACGACGAGCUCUGGGAGCAGCUCAGCUUGGACCUCCAGAAUGAGGUGCUCAACCGGCAAAUCCAGAAGGAGAUCUGGAGGAUCCAGGAUGUAAUGGAGGGGCUGAGGAAGAAUAACCCGUCCCGGGGCACAGACACAGCCAAGCACAGAGGAGGACUUGGCCCCUCGGGCACCUACAGCUCCAACAGCCCCGCCAGCCCUCUGAGCUCCGCCAGCCUCACCAGCCCACUGAGCCCCUUCUCCCUGGUGUCUGGCUCUCAGGGGUCCCCCACCAAGCCUGGCUUCAGUGAGGAGCCCGGCCCGCCGCGGCCCCCCCUCCCCAAAGCCUACGUCCCCCUGGAGUCUCCUCCCACUGUGCCUCCACUCCCUAGCGAGAGCCGCUUCUGGCCGCACCCCAACUCCCCUUCCUGGCACCUCGGUGGUGAGACAGCCAGGGGUCAGCCCAAGGCAAGCUACGAGCAAAGCAAGAGAGACCCCCAGCAGACAUCCCCCCUGGACACCUCUAGAGACAUCGGCCUUGUGUCCACCAGGCAAGAGGUUGAGGCAGAGAAGCAGGCGGCUCUCAACAAAGUGGGCAUUGUACCCCCACGGACCAAGUCACCCACCGAUGAAGAAGUGACCCCAUCGAGGGUGGUGAGGAGGAGUGCCAACGGGCUCACCAAUGGCCUCUCCUCCCGGCAGGAGCGCCCCAAGAGUGCUGUGUUUCCCUGCGAGGGCAAGGCCAAAAUGAGCGUGGAGGAGCAGAUGGACCGCAUGCGGCGGCGCCAGAGCGGCUCCGCGAGGGACAAGCGGAGGAGUCUGCAGCUCCCACCCAGCCCGGCCCCCGACCUCGGUGCCCGGCCUGCCUAUAAAGUGGUGCGCCGCCACCGCAGCAUCCACGAGGUAGACAUCUCCAACCUGGAGGCGGCGCUGCGAGCCGAGGAGCCCGGCGGGCAGGCCUACGAGACUCCGCGGGAGGAGAUCGCCCGGCUCCGCAAGAUGGAGCUGGAGCCCCAGCAUUAUGACGUGGAUAUCAACAAGGAGCUCUCCACCCCGGACAAAGUCCUCAUCCCUGAGCGGUACAUUGACCUGGAGCCCGACAUGCCCCUAAGCCCAGAGGAGCUGAAGGAGAAGCAGAAGAAGGUGGAGAGGAUCAAGACGCUCAUUGCCAAGUCCAGUAUGCAGAACGUGGUGCCCGUCGGCGAGGGGGACUUUGUGGACGUGCCCCAGGACUCAGAGAGCCAGCUGCAGGAGCAGGAGAAGCGGAUUGAAAUCUCCUGUGCCCUGGCGACCGAGGCCUCCCGCAGAGGCCGCAUGCUGUCUGUGCAAUGUGCCACCCCAAGCCCUCCCACCUCCCCUGCCUCCCCGGCUCCACCAGCCAACCCCCUACCGUCUGAACCCCCGCGGGGCGCCGACAGCAGCCAUGUCAUGCGGGUCUGAGCUCUGACUGCAAGCCCUGGCUGAAGCCAACGCCGCGAAGCUCCAGAGAGCCACGUUCUGAAGCCGCCUCUGCCCUGCGGCCCACCCUGGCCCCCCUACCCCUGCGCUCCCGCGGGAAUGCUGCGGGAUCCAGGCCAGGGGCUGGGGUCGCCCAACAGCAGCACAGACACUGCAGUGUCCACACCCCCGGGGCUCCGGCCCAAGGUCCUCACUACUCAGACAGCCACCCUAGGCUGGGCGUCAGGUGGCGGGGUGAGGAGCGCCAUCCUGUCCGCUGCCCUCAGCACAGGGAGCCUCGCUGGGGCCCUGGCUGGGGUUGUAACAGCCCUGCGGGAACAUGCCUUGGUGGAGAAGAUGCGGUGGGGAAUGCACCCUGGGCCCUCUUAGGUUAGGACUUGUCGCUCGAUGCCAAGAGCGGGGCCUGCCGUCAUCCCCUUCCAUCAGCCCCGCCCUGCUGUCCAGCGGUGCCCAGGGUCUUGGCACAUCCCGGUUUAUUGGGUGCUCCUUUGGGGUCCAGUGGAGACUGACCACCUGCCUGAGCCAAAGACAAGCUGACGAGAGAUGGGAGAGGCUCCUCGGCUCCCAGAGGGGAGCGCUGGCCGUGGGUGGGAAGCGGCAAGUGUGUGCAGCGUCUGAGGGCAGGUUGAGAAGGGGUAGCAGAGAGAGGGGGAGAGGUCUCGGGAGGGCAGGAGGAAAGGGAGUGGCAGGGCUCGUGCAUGGGGAGGAGGGGAAGGACAGAGAUGAGAAGGGAAUGGGGUCGGUUUCCCCGGGGUGGAGCCUCAGGUUAGUGCCAGGCACAGUGCCAGGUGUCAGCUCAGCUCUCCCCACCUGGUGCCGGGAUCGGGGGCUGCCAGCUCCAGGACCCCCAUGGAGCACGCUGCUGUGAGGCGGAGCUGUGCGCUGAGGGCCCGGGGAGCGCGGGCUGGAGACAGCUUCUUCUGGAUCUGGGCCUGACGUCGGCCUCCCCGUCCUGGGGUCAGGAGCAGAGACAAGGACCUGUCUUGGUCCUGCUGAAAGACCAGAAGGUGUGGGGUGGUCGGGGUGUGGAGCAUGUGAUCAGCCACGGGGCCUUCCCUAAAUGUUUCUGUGACACCAUCUCAUCUCCUUCCCCCUGGAAUGUGCUGUGGGCCAGCUGAGCGUGUGCCCCAGGAGAGCAGAUGUGGCCUGAGCCUGGUAGGCCAGAUUCUGGAGUCCUCUCAAUCCUAGGCGUCCCACACGGGGACAGGUUGAAGCUGUUGGAGGGUCUCCCUUCUCGCGUGGCUCAUUCACACCCUGCGUAGCCAGGGGACCAGUGGUGGAGAGAUAGGAGCAAAGCCUGUUGUCCCUCCGCUCCACCACCUUCAGAUGAAUGUAGCCAGAGAGGACGGAGGAGCUAGAGUGAAAACCCUUGGCCCCUAGACCUUCUCUUUGCCAGGGUUGCUUCCCCGAGACUUCAACCUGACCUUCAGAGACCCUGAGAACGAUGACUUCAUCUUCUAGCAAUUCCUCUCCACUCCUUCGUGGCUGGGGCAGUUAUGGUUCAUAUGCGAGUAAAGCUGACAAUUCACUCAACAAAUAUUUCCUGAGCACCUUUUACGUACCAGGCACUGUUACAGGUGCUUAAGACAUUCCCGUGUUUCUGAGGGUUUACAGACAGGAGGAUUCACUCACCCUCACAUCUAGCAGGUUUUUAUAAAUGUGACCCUUGGCUGCAUCUCCCAUCUUCAGCACAGCUCAAGCACCCCAAACUUGUCCUUUCUCCCCCAUAGACUGACAGGUGGGAUCAGCUCCCAGGUAACCUUCUCUCCCUUCUCCGUCUUCUCCCACACCUUGUCCAUCCAUAAAAAGCAGAUUUUUGGGGUCCUUCCACGCCUUCUCCCUUUCUUUGUGUCUUUUUUUUGAGUGAUAUUUUUAGAAAUACAUGUGAAAUACCAAGGAUUAAUGUCUGCCCCUCUGUGACCUCUUUUUCACCUCUUUUUCAUAAAGCUGGCUCUUUAUGUUGCUUUACAUGCCUUAAUAUAUGUUUUGUGAAGAUUAUCAUAUUGCAGAUGUAUAUGUAAUAUAUAUAUAUAUAUUUGUUUGGACAUCUGAUCCUUUCCUGAAACUCCUGCCCAGGCCCGUUUUCUCUCCUUUCCUUUCCACAUCAUUCCAAGCAUACUGCGGCCAUACCCCAUGCCUUUUGAUCCAAAGAGGGGGAGAGGAGUUAUUUUAAGACAGAUCUAUUUUACGUUUUUGUUAUAAAAACAAAUCUAUUUUCCACAUGUGCAAUGUCUGAAUGGAAUUGGCAGAAGAUGUGAGGGACUGGGGGGCUGCCUCUAGGUCCCGCCCUCCACCCUUCCCUCCUCCUCAGCAGCCUCCUCCUUCCCAUUCCCAGUCUGCCAAGGGCUGGUCCCCAGAACUCAGCCGGAGAGGAUCUUGCCAGGGCAGGACAUUCUCUUGCAGUCCUGGUCUAAGGAUUUGAUUACACUGUCAACUUUUGAUGACUUUCUAGGGUUAUUGAAUGUGAACCUUCUUGAAGGAAAUGUUUACAGCUGUGUGCACAAAAGCAGACCCUUGCAGGCAUACACGCCCCAGAGGUGCUCCUGGACCAGCACCUUUAUCACCCUGCUGGAAUAUGCCAAACAGCACUGAGAAUGUCCGUCUUGUUUGAUGGACCCUGGAUAUGGUGCAACGGCCAGUGGAAACAGUUUGACAUCUCUGGUCCUUCAGGGCAGACACAUUCAAGUUCCUUGGACUUCUCACAUUCCUCUUCACUUGGUUCCUCUCUGGUCUGAGUGACAUCUACGGCACCUGCCUCCCUCUGUGACCUUUCUUCUAGGGCCUGUUGUUAAGGGGAUGGUACCCCAGUCUGGCAUCCAGACUGUGAAGUCAGCCCUGAGGGUCCAAAGGACAAGGUGCCUCUCAGCCUUGCCCAGGACUUUCCUGCUGCUGGGGCCCUGAACUAAGCCAGCUCAGCCUUCCAAACUGCUUAGUGACUACUGAAGUGGGCAAGGGGCUCUUGCUUUGCAAGGAUUUGGGCAGAAUGGAAGUCUUUUGUCCAGAUCUGGAAUCAAAGGUUUUGGAACCUAGAACAGAGCUCCUGGCCAGCAUUUGAAGCCUGGCCUCCCACUUUGACCUUUGCUGGCACCCUAUUCCCAGCCUAAAACAUCUUGCUAGAAAUGAAGGGGGCCUGGCUGGGGGCCCAGAGCUAAGUAACCCACCUGGGGAAAGCCCUGGUUACUAAUCUAGGGCCUUCCUUCCCAGUUAACACAUUACCUCCCUCAACAAUAACCAGGAGGCUGUAAUCAAGGACUGAUGUUGUCACUUUAGAGAUUUUCUGAGGUUGAAGGCUGUGCGUACUUGCUCACCUGUGUUGGUGAGAGGGAUGCUCUUGGAGCAGGGCUGACUAUAGCAAGACAGAAGUAAUUCCCUUCCCUUUAGGCAGCCCCUCACUUGGCAGCUCUUAAAACUAAGGAAAAUAUGAAAUAUACGUAUAUAUACAUAUAUCUAUUUAUGCACAUAUUGGGGCCAAUUUGAUUUGCUAGUAUUAGACAAUAAACUAUACAAGGAAAUGUA